UACCAAUGAGAAAAGUAAGACACAGGUUUAGUGAUAUAUUGGAGAUCACACACUGUGUAGGAUUAGAACUUGGAUUUGCAGAAUUCUAGGAACAGCAGUCAUCCACUGUGAAACCAAUAGAUGUUUUAAGAUUUUAAAAAAAUACAGCCUGACUCUGCUAAAGACAAUCAUUCUUGAAAUGUUUGUUAAAAAAUAGCUACUUUCUGUGAAUCAUUAGAUAAACAGGAUAAAUUAGUUGAUAUUAAGGAGCCUUUAAUUACUUGGGUGGAGAAUGAAAUCAUAAUAAGGCCUUAAUCUUAUUUCUGUUUUGAAAUAGCUGAUUGGUCACUUAACUGUUUUUGAUACUUUUGAUAUCCUGAAGUAAGAUAAUUUUUUUUUUCCCUAGGACUGAAAAGUAUUUACAGAGGACUGAUAUUAGGAUAAAAUAGAAAUUCUUGAAGCCUAUCAGAACCUGAGAUAAUGCAAGGUUUCUAAAGAAGGAAAAGAAUUUGAUAAUGACAGGAAUGAUUAACAGAGGCCUCCUUCCUCCUCAUUGUGCUCUUCCCAACUAGAAAGGAGAAUCCCAAUCAUUAGAUGGGCCUUUACCAAGAAAGGUCUUUGUCAUUGACAUUAUCCUUUUCAGUGAUGCUACAAGACAGAGAGGAAUGGAUAAAAACAUGGGAGAGCAGCUCAAUAAAGCUUAUGAAGCUUUCCGUCAGGCAUGCAUGGACAGAGAUUUCGCUGUAAAAGAACUACAACAAAAGCAGACUGAAAACUAUGAACAGAGAAUACGUGAGCAACAGGAACAGCUGUCACUUCAACAAAGUAUUAUUGACAAGCUAAAAUCACAGUUACUUCUUGUGAAUUCCAGCAGAGAUAAUGUCCAUGGCUAUGUUCCUAUGCUGGAAGAAAGUGAAAAAAGGAAAAAUGACAUACCUCUUAAUGUUACCUUUGAUCACCCCCAUGACAAAGUGAAAUCAGGAAUAUCAAGAGAAAAACAUUCAAAGGUAAAAAGGCCAGAGUCUUCACCUAGACAGGAAAAUCCUCCAGGGCAUCCAAGUUUUUCUUUAUUCAGUAAAAGAGAAGAAAUAGAGAAGAUUUUCUAUGAAAUGAAAGAAGAAUUCCGUAGGAUAUGCAUGUUAGCAAGAGCACAAAGAGACUACUUAAACAGACUUAACAUUCAAGAACCUAUACCUGAAAUACAGUUCUCUAUGCCUAUUCAAUGUACUGAUAAAACUGAUGAGCAACAACCAGAAGAACCUUUUAAGCCUCAAGUUAAGGAUGUUAUAAAUAGAGGGUCAUCACACAUCACAUCUGUUACACCGAGAGGACUGGGCCAAGAGGAGGAAGACAACUCUUUAGAGUCACUUUCCAAAUUUAAUGUCAAGUUUCCACCUACAGAUAAUGACUCUACUUUCUUGCAUAGCACCCCAGACAAACCCCAAGUUAUGGGUCUGGCCAGAACUGAGGCUGUGGGUCAGGAUAAGUUUGAGAAGGACCUUAGGGACGAUUCAAUGACUUUUGUGAAACCAGAAGGUGCUCUGUUCGAGCCUCAUAGAAUUGACCUCAUAACUUCAGCAAUGCAAAAUAUCACAACUUCUGACAAGACAAAACCUUCAAACUCUAUCAAUACAUGUACCAAGACAGCUCUGGAUAAAGCAGUGUGUCUGCCAGCUGGAGACCAUGAUAUCAUAUAUGUAAAUAAGUUCCUUCAAGUUCAGGACAACCCAGCAGUACUAUUUGCAUCACCAGAUUCCCCAGGAAGAGCUGUCCGAGGACCACAGCAGCCCUUCUGGAAGCCUUACCCUAAUCAAGAGAAUGACUUAUUUGCACUAAGUAGUACAGACUCAGAACUGCACAUACCUCAAGUAUGUGAAUUCUGUCAAGCAGUUUUCCCACCAUCAAUUACUUCCACAGGGGAUUUCCUUCGGCAUCUUAAUUCACACUUUAAUGGAGAGUCUUAAGACAUUUUUAAGACAGACUUGGAUGUGGGAUUUUAUGCAAUGAUUUUUGGUUUGUAAUCCAAUAAAUACUUGAUUGUAAAUUUUUUAUAAUGGAUGUUUAUAAUACAAUUCUUGCUCUAGGUGUUUAGAUUGUUUUUCUAAACUUUAUGUUAUAAUCAUUUAAAAGAUCAUCUCAUUAAAGAAAACCCUGUAACUUAGUAUAUUCAUAUUUAAGGUGUCAUUACUAGAAGUCACUAAUAUUAAAUUACAUAUUUAAAGAGUGGUAUAAUAAUAACCAAAUGUAACCUCAAAUAUCUAAGCAUAUUGCUUGGAUUACUAAUUAGAUAUUUUUCAUUUGAAAAUGUCAGAUAUUUAUAAGAAAUUCCAUUUUUGUUAAAAUACCUAAAAUAUUUAUAUUUAUGGAAUGUCCUUUUCAGAUAGACCUACAGUAGACAAAUAGGCAUUAUAAAAAUCCAGAGUAAAAAGCCAAAUUUAGACAUUUGUUGGCUGGUGGUGAAAAAUUUUACUUUGGUCUACUUGUACUAUUAUUUGAUACAUUUUUUUUUUCUAAUAGAAGUAAUAACUUGAUUAACUUUAUUUUGGUAAUCUGUAAUUUAUCUAUACAGAUUAAUUUUAUGAUGCAUAUAUAUUCUUGGUAGAAGUAUGUUUUUAAAUAUUAAAUUUGUUACUUAUACAAUCCUUUAUAUUAACAAAAGAAAUAUGCAUUUUGUUUCUGUAGGAAACACUAUUUGUAAUGAAAGAUUUUAGCUUUAUCGUGAAGUUCUAAAUACUUGUUUUCUUUCUGUUAACCAAAUGAAGGGGUAAUGAUGAGUCCGGGAAAAUAUCAUCAAUGCUAUCCAUUGCAUUUUAUUAUGGUUUUUAUUACUUGACAUUUUAAAGAUCACAUUCAUGCUAAAGGAAUCUGAACUAUUUUGAGUUUGAUUUAUUCUCAAAAGGACUGCCAUAGCUUUCAGUAUUUUAACUGAAAAUAUUAACUAUUAUAUCCAAAGCAUUCUCUCUG